AUGCCUGCGACAGACACCGAGGUGGCCGAAGUCGAGAAAAUGUUCAAAGUGAAUGUCUUCGGACCUAUGCGAAUGGUGCACUACAUGCAUCGUUUUGUGAUCGAGGCAAAAGGCGUCAUUGUCAACAUUGGUUCCAUCGGAGGGGUGUGCCCUUAUGUAUAUGGGGCAUCUUACAAUGCCAGCAAGGCUGCUCUGCAUCACUAUGGCAAUACACUGCGUGUGGAGAUGCGUCCAUUUGGCGUUCGCGUCGUGAAUGUUAUCAGUGGGGAGGUACAUACCAACAUCCUCAAAAAUGACCAUGGUAGAAGCCUACCAGACAGUGAGUCUGAUCAGCCAUCUUUCUACCCAAAGAAGCGGUCAUCUCAAUGA